CGUUUUGGCUCUGUGUGGUGUUCCUAAUCGGUGCUAGUAAAAUGCGCUCAACCAAGGCGCACAUCAUUUACUGCAUCCUGCUGAGCUGCCAGUACGCGCUGUGCACCCUGUCGCCCAACACCAAAACCAAAAAUAACCACAGAGAAUCAAAGUUUUUGCGUGGACCGCAAGACAACGAUGUGUUUGAGCUGGACCUGGUAUCAGCGGAGCCUUUCGCGAAGGACAUACUAAUACAUCACGAGGCGUACUACAAGGACACAGGAAAGCGGCGCUUCAAUGGCACAAUACUGGGCUAUGUAACACCUUGGAACUCCCAUGGCUACGACGUGGCUAAAAUGUUUGCCAAGAAGUUUGACAUCAUUUCCCCCGUCUGGCUGCAAAUAGUCAAACAGGGCGACGACUAUGCCGUAGCGGGCACCCACGACAUUGACGCCGGCUGGCUAAAUGAUGUGCGGCGCAAGGGCAAGGUGCAGCAGCAGCAUCAAUUGUGCACGGUCAAAGUAUUUCCACGUGUUAUAUUUGAUCACUUUACCGAUCGGGAUAUCAAGCUGCUGCUGAGCGAUGCCAAGGAGCGCACAAACCUAAACGAAAUGCUGAUCCAGACGUGCAAGCAGCAUGGAUUCGAUGGCCUGAUCUUGGAGGUAUGGUCGCAACUGGCCGGCAGGAUUGAUGAUAAGAUUCUCUUCACCUUGGUGCUACAAAUGGCUAAGGAGCUGCAGAAGCAACAAAUACGCCUGAUACUGGUCGUGCCGCCUAAACGCAAGGACAUGCCAAACUUGUUUGGCGAAAAGCACAUGGAUAAAUUAUACAAGCAUAUCUAUGCCUUCUCCCUAAUGACCUACGACUACUCGAGCGUGCAGCGUCCGGGCGCCAAUGCUCCGCUCUAUUGGGUACGCAAUGCCGUGGAGCAUAUUGCGCCAGUUGGCUGCCACGACAUGGAGGCAAAGCGUGCCAAAAUCCUGAUGGGACUUAAUAUGUAUGGAAAUGAUUAUACGCCAGAUGGCGGCGGGCCCAUUACAUACGGCCAGUACUUGGAGCUAGUCAGGCACGUAAAGAAGCAGCUGACCCAUGAUGAGCGCGACGUGGAGAACUUCUUCGAGAUCAAAACUGAAACUGGUCGUCAUAUCGUAUUCUAUCCAACGCUUUACUCCAUCAAUGAGCGCAUCCAGCUGGCUCAGCAGCUGGGCGUUGGAAUCUCCAUUUGGGAGCUGGGCCAAGGCUUGGAUUACUUUUACGAUCUCUUUUAAAGCAAUGCAUUCCAAUCAAGUAAAUAUCUGUGUUCGAAUUUGAUGUUUGAUAUUAUGCAACAUAUGGCAAUAGCACCAAAUAAAAUCUGCGAUUUUUCUAUAAAUUA